UAGGGUUUUAGUUUAUUUCCUUUUGAUAUAUAAACGUAGAGGAAGUGCCGCCGCAAAAGAAUCAGAAGUCGUCCUGCUCGCAACAAAAAAAAUGGCAAGAGGAUUGAAGAAGCAUCUGAAGAGGCUCAAUGCCCCCAAGCAUUGGGAUCUUGACAAACUUGGUGGUGCCUUCGCUCCCAAGCCCUCUUCUGGACCCCACAAGUCUAGAGAAUGCCUUCCUCUCGUCCUGAUCAUCAGGAACAAGUUGAAGUACGCUUUGACAUACCGUGAAGUCAUCUCCAUCUUGAUGCAAAGGCAUAUCCAAGUCGAUGGUAAAGUCAGGACUGACAAGACUUACCCUGCCGGCUUCAUGGAUGUUGUCUCCAUCCCCAAGACGAAUGAGAACUUCCGUCUUCUCUAUGACACCAAGGGACGUUUCCGUCUCCACUCCAUCAGGGAUGAGGAAGCUAAGGUAUGCAACAUUUACUAUAUGAGUUUUGUUUGAGAUCUAAAGAAUAAU